GGCUAUCUGUAUCUCUAGGUUUAUCAUUUCUUUUUUAUAACUGGCAUGGCUUAGCUUUCCUUUUUUUUCUUUACCAUAUACUGCUUUUUUCUGUUUCCUGUUUUUAUAUGUGUUUUCUUAAGGUUUAGACAUGGAAUAUAGAUGACUAUAUUUGACAUAUGAAGUGGGGUUUUUUGUAUUAUGCAGUAUUCAUGGGGAAUGUGAGUGGGAAGAAAGAAGAAGAUGUUGCAGAGACAUCAGGAAUCAAGAAUCAAGAACAUGAAGAGGAGGAAUAUAUGGUUCAGUCCCCUUCUCAUAGCCCUAAAGCUUAUCAUCAGUCUCCUUUGAUUUUUACUCCACAGGUUCCAGUUUUCCCCUUACAAAGGCCUGAUGAAAUCUUAAUGCAAAAUCAAAGUGGCAACAUAUUGCAAAAGACAAUGGAGUAUGGGGAGAUGCCUUGUGAAAAUGGGAUACCAACAAUGAUCAUAUGGAGUUAUGGGGGGCAUGAAGUUGCUAUUGAGGGAUCAUGGGAUGGCUGGAAGACAAAAGAUUUCUUACAAAGAACAGACAAGGACUUCACUGUCAUGAAGGUGCUGCCGUCGGGCGUGUAUCACUAUCGGUUCCUUGUUGAUGGACAAUGGAGAUUUGCUCCUGAUUUGCCAUGUGAACGUGAUGAUACCGGAAAUGUGUUCAAUGUCUUGGACUUGCAGGAUAGUAUUCCAGAGGUCCUUAAUAACACCAGUAGGUCAGAAGAACCUCCUUCCCCUGAAUCAAGCUACAGCAAUGCACCUUUCAGCACAGAAGAUUUUAAGGAAAAACUACCCGAUUUGCCUCCUCUGUUACAACAGACGCCCCUCGACCUACUGUCUUCAUCUUCUAGCGGUAUGGAGACAUUUCAGAAGCCAUUACCAGCAGUGUUGAACCAUCUUUACAUACAGAAAACCCGUAGCAGUCAAUCAAUGGUGGUACUAAGUUCUACAAAUAGAUUUCGUACCAAAUAUGUGACAGCAGUACUUUAUAAGUCCUUGAAAAACUUAAAAAAGUGAAAUGCUUCCAAGAGUUUUCCGGAGUUGGAAGUCUUCGUAAAGGAAGGAAUCUCCCAGUGGAUUCAUUUUGAAUAGGAAAGAAGAUCCAUGUAAGAAAAGGUAACAAAGGUCUCUACUACAUUAUGGAACUGCUUUUUUGUUUUUGACACUCAUUUCGGAAGUAAGCAUCUGAAGCUUACCAAAAAUCAUGAUGAAAAUUUUAGAUUUGUCUAGAUUUUUUGUAUCUUCGUUUAAUAUUUAUCAAUGUGAUGCUUCUGAAUAUCUGUAUGGCAACUAUGCCUGUAGAAGACUGCUAGGAAGAGUUAGAUUUUUUCGAAUUUUGCCUGUGUACACGGGUAUUGGAAUUAAUAGAAAGCGACACAAAGCUUUGGUCUA